AUGGUGGAUGUCUUUCACCAAUUGGGUUUUGGGGUUAGAUGGUGUAACUGGAUAUGGGGAGUUCUUUCGUCGGCUCGUGCGUCAGUUUUGGUUAACGGAUCGCCUACUUUUGAGUUUAAAUGUGGUAAAGGGAUGAGGCAAGGGGAUCCCAUUUCUCUGUUUCUUUUUGUUGCUGUUAUGGAAGCCUUGUCUCGUUUAAUUGACAAGGCAGAAGUCGUUGGUUGCAAACCGAAUUCCCUUCCAUUUAAGUAUCUUGGGCUUAAGUUGGGGGCUAAUAUGAACUGUGUAAAUAAUUGGAGGCCUGUGUAUGACAUUUUUGAAUCUAGGCUUGCUCUUUGGAAAUCCGCUAUGAUGUUUAUAGGAGGGAGAGUUACGCUUAUUCGUUCGGUCCUCGAGAGCCUUCCCAAUUAUUACUUCUCCUUAUAUAAGGCGCCAUUGAAAGUUGUUAAAGAUCUGGAAAGCCUCAUUAAAAAGUUUCUGUGGGGAGCUGAGGGUCGAGUGAGGCUGUUGGAUGGUAUCUCUCGGCCCUGUGAUUACUUUAGGGGAUCGGUGGGUAGGGGAGAUAGUAUACUGUUUUGGUUGGAUCCUUGGUUGAUGGAGGUUCCUUUAAAGGAGGUGUUCCCUAAGUUGUUUGCGCUUGAAGUUGUUAAGACUUGCUCGGUGCGUGAUCGGUUGUUAGGUGUAUGGAUUUGGAAACAUGAGCCUGACAUGGUUGACGAGUUGGCGGAGUUGUCAGCUCUCAACGAAGCCAUCGCUCCGGAUUGCUUAAUUGAAAGGAUGGACGACUGGAAAUGGACUCCCGAUCAUUCCGGCUUAUUUUCAGUUAGCUCCGUUAAGUGUGUUUUGGAAGGUGUCAACAACAACAUCAGCAACUAUGUGGUCGAAUGGUGCAAAUGGGUCCCGAUUAAGUGUAACGUUUUCGUUUGGAGAGCGGAAUUAAACAGAAUUCCCACUGCCGAUGCAUUGCGGCGUAGGGGCAUUGUUGUGGGUGACGAGGCUUGUCCUCUUUGCAAGUUGGAGAUUGAAUCGGUGGAGCAUCUCUUCACGUCUUGUGUAACGGCUGUGGUCCUGUGGCAAAAUAUUAGUCGUUGGUGCCGAAUUCCUCCUAUCUUUGCAUUUUUAUUUAAAGAUUUGUUGGAGAUUCAUAAAGCAAAUUCCAUUUAA